CCGCGCCUCGCCAUGCCGUGGCCGUUCUCAGAGUCCAUCAAGAAGAGGGCCUGUCGCUACCUCCUGCAGAGGUACCUGGGGCACUUCCUGCAGGAGAAGCUGAGCCUGGAGCAGCUCAGCCUGGACCUGUAUCAGGGCACCGGCUCCCUCGCCCAGGUCCCCUUGGACAAAUGGUGCCUCAAUGAGAUCCUGGAGUCAGCAGAUGCACCCUUAGAAGUCACUGAAGGAUUUAUUCAGUCAAUUUCUCUGUCAGUUCCAUGGGGCUCCUUGCUACAGGACAAUUGUGCACUGGAAGUGAGAGGGUUAGGAAUGGUCUUCCGACCGAGACCUCGAAUAGCAACUGGUUCUGAGCCCAUGUACUGGUCCAGUUUCAUGACCAGCAGUAUGCAGCUGGCCAAAGAAUGCCUCAGCCAGAAGCUGACAGACGAGCAAGGAGAAGGAUCCCAGCCUUUUGAAGGCCUGGAAAAGUUUGCUGAAACCAUUGAGACAGUACUAAGAAGAGUAAAAGUCACUUUUCUAGACACUGUUUUGAGAAUUGAACACGUGCCAGAAAACUCUAAAACUGGAACUGCACUUGAAAUUCGAAUAGAAAGAACUGUAUACUGUGACGAAACCGCUGAUGAACCCUCAGGCAUUAAUGUGCAUCAGCCCACAGCUUUUGCACACAAGUUACUCCAGCUCUCCGGAGUGUCACUCUUCUGGGAUGAAUUUUCGGCAUCUGCAAAAUCUUCCCCAGUGUGUUCAACUGCACCCGUGGAGACUGAGCCAAAGCUGUCACCUAGCUGGAACCCCAAAAUUGUUUAUGAGCCACACCCACAGCUAACUAGAAAUUUGCCAGAGAUAGCACCUUCUGACCCUGUGCAGAUUGGAGGAUUGGUUGGGAGGCUGGCGCUGAGUCUCACCUUGAAACAGAAUGAAGUACUUCCUGGAGCAAAGUUGGAUAUUGAUGGACAGAUAGAUUCCAUUCAUUUAUUCCUGUCGCCCAGACAAGUACACUUGCUUUUGGAUAUGUUAGCAGCUAUUGCUGGACCAGAAAACUCUAGCAAAAUAGGGCUAGCUAAUAAAGACAGGAAAAGCCGACCCAUGCAGCAAGAGGAUGAGUAUCGUAUCCAGAUGGAAUUAAACCGCUACUAUUUGAGAAAAGAUUCCCUGUCUGUGGGUGUUUCUUCCGAGCAGAGCUUUUAUGAGACGGAAGCAGCUGGAACGCCUUCCAGUCGCGAAGAAGAAGUUUUCUUCUCCAUGGCUGAUAUGGACAUGUCCCAUAGUCUGUCUUCUCUUCCACCCCUUGGGGACCCUCCAAAUGUGGACCUGGAGUUAUCAUUAACUAGUACAUACACAAAUACGCCAGCAGGAUCUCCAUUAAGUGCUACUGUGCUUCAGCCAACUUGGGGAGAAUUCUUUGAUCAUAAAGAGCAGCCAGCGAGAGGGUCAGCGUUCCCACCCAGCCUGGUUCAUAAAGAACAGCUAGGCAAAGGCGCAGCACUCCCACCCAGCCUGGCUCGCCCAGCAUCUUUGCAGAAGGCGGCUCUCCCAUCCAGGUCCAUCUCAGUGGAUGAAUCCAGGCCUGAGCUGGUUUGUAGACUAGCUGUUGGAGCUCUGUCCGUCUCUGUGCUUCACAUCGAUCCUCUGUCUCCUCCCGAAACAUCUCUCAGCCUCAGUCCACUGACACCUAUGGCUACCGCUUUCUUUACUCGUAUAGAAGAGAUCCAGCCAGCAAGAUUUGCAGCAGAAGAUUUUAAGUCUUUCCGAACAAUAUUUGCAGAAGCUUGCUCACAUGAUCACCUUAGAUUUGUGGGUACUGCCAUCAAAGUGUCCUAUGAGCAGAGGCAAAGAUCGGCGUCCCGGCACGUUAGCACUGAUCUGUCCAUUGGGCACAUGGAGCUUCUGGAGUGUCUGUUUCCCACUGAUUUCCAUUCUGUUCCUCCUCACUAUACGGAGCUUUUAACGUUCCAUUCCCAAGAAGGAAGUGAUGCCCACACCCCCGUGUGUCUUCAGCUUCAUUAUAAGCAUUGCGAGACCAGAGGGCCCCAGGGUAAUCAAGCAAGACUUAGUUCAGUUCCUCAGAAGGCAGAAUUACAAAUUAAAUUAAAUGCAGUAUGCUGUGAGCUGGACAUCAGUAUUGUGGACAGAUUAAAUUCCUUGCUUCAGCCGCAGAAACUUACUCCAGUAGAGGUGAUGGCCUCUCACAUGUACACCUCGUAUCAUAAGCACACUAGUCUGCACAAGGCUUUCACGGAAGUGUUUCUAGAUGACUCACAUAAUCCUGCAAAUUGUCGGGUAUCGGUCCAGGUUGCCACACCAGCAUUAAAUCUUUCUGUCCGCUUCCCCAUACCUGAUCUUCGCUCAGAUCAAGAAAGGGGACCAUGGUUUAAGAAGUCACUUCAGAAAGAGAUCCUUCAUUUAGCGUUCACAGAUCUGGAAUUUAAGACGGAGUUUGUAGGAGGAUCCACCCCGGAACAAAUUAAAUUGGAGCUUACCUUUAGAGAACUGGCUGGGUCAUUCCAGGAGGAGAAAGGAGAGCCGUCUGUGAAGUUUCUCCACGUGUCUGGUGGAGUGGAUGGAGAUACAGCGCCAUCAGAUGACUUUGACUGGCCACGAAUGGUAUUGAAAAUCAACCCACCAGCCUUGCAUUCCAUUUUGGAGAGGAUAGCUGCUGAGGAGGAAGAAGAGAAUGAUGGUCACUACCAGGAAGAGGAGGAUGGAGGUGCCCAUUCCCUGAAAGACGUCUGUGACCUCAGGAGACCAGCCCCUUCCCCCUUUUCUUCCCGUAGAGUAAUGUUUGAAAAUGAACAGAUGGUGAUGCCAGGAGACCCUAUAGAGAUGAUGGAGUUUCAGGAUAAAGCAAUCAGCAAUUCUCACUAUGUGCUGGAACUUAUGUUACCAAAUAUUCACUUAACACUGCCUAAUCAAAGCUUUUAUGAGAAGCUAUAUAACAGGAUCUUUAAUGACUUGCUACUCUGGGAGCCAACAGCUCCUUCACCAGUGGAGACAUUUGAAAAUAUUUCCUAUGGUAUUGGGCUGUCAGUAGCCAGUCAACUGAUUAAUACCUUCAACAAAGAUAGUUUUAGUCCGUUUAAAUCUACAGUGCACUAUGAUGAAGAAAGUGGAUCAGAAGAAGAGACUUUGCAAUAUUUUUCUGCUGUUGAUCCCAACUAUCGUUCCCGUAGGAAAAAAAAAUUGGACUCUCAGAACAAGAGCUCUCAGAGUUUCCUCUCAGUCCUUCUGAAUAUUAACCAUGGAUUGCUGGCAGUGUUCACAGAUGUAAAGCAAGAGAAUGGAGAUCUGCUGGAAAACAAGCAUGGUGAAUUCUGGUUAGAAUUCAAUAGUGGAUCGUUGUUUUCUGUGACCAAGUAUGAAGGCUUUGAUGACAAGCACUUCGUGUGCCUUCACUCUAGCAGUUUCAGUCUGUACCACAAAGGCAUAGUAGACGGAGCGAUUAUUCCUGCAGAAGCCCGAUUGCCCUGUUCAAGCCGCCCACAUUGGCUGGAGCCUACCAUUUACUCUUCCCAAGAAGAGGGCCUCGGAAGAGCUGCCUCAGACGGGGCUGGAGGAGACAACCUGGAGAUGCUGUCGGUGGCCGUGAAGAUAUUGUCCGAUAAGUCAGAGUCCAACACAAAGGAAUUUCUCAUUGCUGUGGGACUCAGAGGAGCCACUCUGCAGCACAGAAUGCUUCCUGCGGGGCUCAGCUGGCAUGAGCAGAUUUUAUGCUUCUUGAAUAUUGCUGAUGAGCCUGUGUUGGGGUAUAAUCCUCCAGCUUCAUUUACAACUUUUCACGUUCACCUGUGGAGCUGUGCGCUUGAUUACAGGCCCCUCUACCUGCCCGUCCGGUCUCUUCUGACUGUGGAGACGUUCAGCAUCUCCAGCAGUGCUGCGCUGGAUAAGUCCUCGUCUACUCUCAGAAUAAUCAUGGAUGAGGCUGCUUUACACCUGUCUGACAAAUGUAAUACUGUCAAUAUAAAUUUGAGUAGAGAUUAUGUCCGUGUGGUGGACAUGGGGCUUUUAGAGCUAACCAUCACUGCAGUGCGGUCCAGUUCUGACGGGGAGCUGAUGGAGCCACACUUUGAGCUGCACUGCUCCAGUGACGUCGUGCAUGUCAGGACGUGCUCAGACUCGUGUGCUGCUCUGAUGAACCUCAUCCAGUACAUUGCGAGCUACGGCGACUUCCACGCGCCUCACAAGGCCGAAGUGAAGCCUGGAACCCCUCAGAGAAAGCCAAAGGUAGACCCCAGUGGUCGGCCGUCGUCACGCGGCCCCGUGCUACCUGAAGCUGAUCAGCAGAUUUUACGGGACCUGAUGAGCGAUGCCAUGGAGGAGGUGGAUGCACAGCAGUCCUCGUGUGUGAAGGCCCAGGCCAAUGGUGUUUUGGAUGAAAAAUCUCAAAUUCAGGAACCAUGUUGUUCAGACCUCUUUCUGUUCCCGGAUGAGAGUGGGAAUGUGUCCCAGGAGCCUGGCCCCUCUUAUGAUUCAUUCACUCACCACUUGAUUAGUGAUGCCACGGCAGGCGUAACCACUGAGAAUGAGGACUUCUGCAUUCUUUUUGCACCCAAAGCAGCCAUCCAGGAGAAGGAAGAGGAACCAGUCAUAAAAAUCAUGGUUGAUGAUGCGAUUGUGAUAAGAGACAACUAUUUUAGUCUGCCUGUGAAGAAGACAGACACAAGCAAAGCCCCGUUGCACUUCCCCGCCCCCGUCGUCCGCUAUGUUGUUAAGGAGGUCUCUCUCGUGUGGCAUCUGUAUGGAGGCAAGGAUUUUGGAGCAGCUCCUCCUACUUCUCCAGCUAAAGGUCUCAUUAGUCCUCAUAGUUCACCUUCUCACACGCCCACGAGGCAUGGACGUAAUACAGCCUAUGGGGGGAAAGGAAGGAACCAUGACUUUUUAAUGGAAAUACAGUUAAGCAAGGUGAAGUUUCAGCAUGAAGUCUACCCCCCAUGCAAACCAGAGUGUGAUUCCGGUCUCUCGGAACACCCUGUCUCGCGGCAGGUGUUCAUUGUCCAGGACCUGGAGAUCCGCGACCGGCUGGCUACCUCACAAAUGAAUAAGUUUCUGUACCUGUAUUGCAGCAAAGAAAUGCCUCGAAAAGCUCAUUCCAACAUGUUAACAAUUAAAGCAUUGCAUGUGCGUCCAGAGUCUGGGAGGUCACCUCAGGAAUGUUGCUUGAGAGUAUCCUUAAUGCCACUUCGCCUCAAUAUUGACCAGGAUGCCUUGUUCUUCCUCAAGGAUUUCUUCACAAGUCUUUCUACAGAAGUGGAGGUUCUCCUGACUCCAGAUCCAGAAGUGAAAAAGUCUCCUGGAGCUGAUGUCACCUGCAGUUUGCCAAGGCAUUUGAGUACCUCAAAGGAGCCAAAUCUAGUGGUUUCUUUCCCUGGGCCAAAACAAAAUUCCCUCAAUGAUCGUGCCAAUUCAGUGGAGGAGGCUAAUGGAGUGGCCGAACAGGACUUCUCAGCCGAGGAAGCGCCAUUAACUGACCAGCCUGUGUUUUUUAGAGAAUUCCGAUUCACGUCAGAAGUUCCUAUUCGACUUGAUUAUCAUGGCAAACAUGUGUCAAUGGAUCAGGGUACAUUAGCUGGGAUUUUGAUUGGACUGGCCCAGCUAAACUGCUCGGAGCUGAAGCUGAAGAGGCUCUUCUAUCGGCAUGGUUUGCUAGGUGUUGACAAAUUGUUCUCAUAUGCCAUUACCGAAUGGCUCAAUGACAUUAAGAAGAACCAGCUGCCAGGAAUCCUGGGAGGUGUUGGGCCUAUGCAUUCACUGGUGCAAUUAGCUCAAGGCUUGAAGGACUUGGUUUGGCUCCCAAUAGAGCAGUACCGAAAGGACGGCCGUAUCGUCAGAGGGUUCCAGAGAGGUGCUGCCUCCUUCGGUACCUCAACUGCAAUGGCUGCCUUGGAACUCACAAGCAGAAUGGUGCAGACCAUCCAGGCAGCAGCAGAGACUGCUUAUGACAUGGUGUCUCCUGGUACCCUUUCCAUUGAGCCCAAGAAGAUCAAAAGGUUUCCUCGUCAUCGCUUAGCCCACCAGCCUGUGGACCUGCGGGAAGGCGUGGCCAAGGCCUACAGUGUUGUGAAAGAGGGAAUCACGGACACGGCUCAGACCAUUUAUGAAACGGCGGCCCGGGAGCACGAGAGCCGAGGCGUCACCGGGGCCGUGGGCGAAGUCCUGCGCCAGAUUCCACCAGCUGUGGUGAAACCUCUCAUUGUCGCCACAGAAGCGACAUCGAACGUGUUGGGCGGCAUGAGAAACCAGAUUAGACCGGAUGUUCGACAGGACGAGUCACAGAAAUGGCGCCACGGGGAGGACUGACUUCCGGUGUGACUGCUGAGAGUGAGGGUGGAACAAGGCGCGUGGUGUCCUGGUGGCAGCUUUGCAGAAGAUCAUUUAAGUUUUUGUGCUCAUCUCAGGAACAAAAGCAUUUUUAGUUAAAUAAUUCACUGUCAAAAGAAUAUGCAACCAAAACCUUGUGAUGUGCUAGGGCUAGUUUGGAACUUGCCUGUGGCAAUGUUUGGUGGCUAGUGUCAAAGGUCGGUAAAGCAUACGCUGCCAAGUUGAGUACUUUCCUUUAUUAAGAUGACCGCGCGUCCUCUUGUUACAGACAAGGUGUCCUUGGAGACCUCCUUCCAGUGUAGAGCGCGCUUGAAGCACUGGAGAGCAUUCUUGCAGUUCUGGGGAGGUGAGCGGUCAACUCACGACUUGAAAACUUGUGUGAGGGUGAGAGAAGCCAUGGGGGAGACAAAGCCGAUGGGAUUUCCAGGGUGCUGGUGGUCUGAGGACGCGGCCUGCCUGCGGGCUGUGUGCGCGCUGCUCGUCGCUUCCCGGACCUGGGACCCUGCGGGCUGGAGAAAGUGAAUGUCGCAGACGUGGUCUGUUGUGCUGCACUUUAUCCUGUGCGUGUGCGUGUGCGUGUGUGUCUGCCUGUGUGUUUACAUUCAUUCAUACCAGAUGUGCUGUAUCCUUGAUGUCAUUUACAAAGUUACACAGAGUAUGAAGAGAGUAAAUUGUCUGAAAGGUUUUGGCAAAGGAGAGUAGCCCCGGUGUCUCGGCUUCCUUCCAGUGUCUGUGAGCGUGUGCGCUGUGGGAACAGGCGCCGGGGUCUUGCUUGUGUGCUCAGCUUUAAGCAGACAUAGCGCCGACUUGUUGGGACAUGUGGACAGAGAGCCUGGGAGCGGUUUUUAUUUUUGAAAAGUCAAUAAAAAUCCUCCAUACAAUGCCCCCAUCAGCUAAGUCAAAGUACCAUUUUUACUUGGUUAACAGUGUACAUUUUGAUAACCUGUCAGGAAUGAAUAAAGUAUUUUUAUUUAAAGGUAGAGCUGUGCUCUGCUUCCAUGA